UUUCUCUCUCCUCCCGCCGCCCAAGAUGCCGAAAGGAAAGAAGGCCAAGGGAAAGAAGGUGGCUCCGGCCCCAGCUGUCGUGAAGAAGCAGGAGGCUAAGAAAGUGGUGAAUCCCCUGUUUGAGAAAAGGCCUAAGAAUUUUGGCAUUGGACAGGACAUCCAGCCCAAAAGAGACCUCACCCGCUUUGUGAAAUGGCCCCGCUAUAUCAGGUUGCAGCGGCAGAGAGCCAUCCUCUAUAAGCGGCUGAAAGUGCCUCCUGCGAUUAACCAGUUCACCCAGGCCCUGGACCGCCAAACAGCUACUCAGCUGCUUAAGCUGGCCCACAAGUACAGACCAGAGACAAAGCAAGAGAAGAAGCAGAGACUGUUGGCCCGGGCCGAGAAGAAAGCUGCUGGCAAAGGGGACGUCCCGACGAAGAGACCACCUGUCCUUCGAGCAGGAGUUAACACCGUCACCACCUUGGUGGAGAACAAGAAAGCUCAGCUGGUGGUGAUUGCACACGACGUGGAUCCCAUCGAGCUGGUUGUCUUCUUGCCUGCCCUGUGUCGUAAAAUGGGGGUCCCUUACUGCAUUAUCAAGGGGAAGGCAAGACUGGGACGUCUAGUCCACAGGAAGACCUGCACCACUGUCGCCUUCACACAGGUGAACUCGGAAGACAAAGGCGCUUUGGCUAAGCUGGUGGAAGCUAUCAGGACCAAUUACAAUGACAGAUACGAUGAGAUCCGCCGUCACUGGGGUGGCAAUGUCCUGGGUCCUAAGUCUGUGGCUCGUAUCGCCAAGCUCGAAAAGGCAAAGGCUAAAGAACUUGCCACUAAACUGGGUUAAAUGUACACUGUUGAGUUUUCUGUACAUAAAGAUAAUUAAAAUAAUACAAAUUUUCCUUCA